AUGCCCCUAGCUGGUGGACACCGGUAUUUCACCUCGACAGCUGUGUUUCUCAACGAAGUUCUCAAGUUAGCUGUCAGCUUGACGAUUGCAAUGUACGACAUCUCACGGACGCUGCCCCCUUUGACCCCAGCGACAGUACUCUUCGAACAAUUAUACAUGUCUGUUUUCUCGGGUGACGGGUGGAAGCUCGCUAUACCGGCAACGCUGUAUACUCUUCAGAAUUCUCUGCAGUACAUUGCCGUGAGCAAUCUUGCAGCGGUGCAUUUUCAAAUUUUGUAUCAGCUGAAGAUCCUUACAACAGCUCUUUUCAGUGUUACAAUGCUUGGUCGAGCACUGUCGUCAAGGAGGUGGAUUGCGUUGUUGUUAUUAACAUUUGGAGUUGCUAUCGUACAACUACCUUCAAACGACCCCUCAUUAUACUCAGCAGACGAUCCUCAAUCUCGAUUUUACUUCCCCCGAUCCUUACACGAGUUAGGACAAUUGACGAAUGGGGCUGCUGAGGUGGCGAGGGAGUUGACAAAAAGGGGUCUGGCAGACCUUACAGAGGGCCUGACGAAGCGUUCUGCUACAUACGAGGGCAUUGAAGAGGAUUUGGGGAUCAAGCAACCGGUUAUGAACUACUCGAUUGGGCUGGCAGCAGUCUUGGUUGCCGCAACCAUCAGCGGCCUAACUGGUGUAUACUUUGAGAAAGUUCUGAAGGAGCCACAUACGCACGUCACUGUAUGGACGAGAAACGUGCAAUUAUCGUUUUAUUCGUUGUUCCCGGCUCUGAUUUUUGGCGUCUUUCUGAAGGAUGGAGAGGAAAUCGCCAAGAACGGGUUCUUCGAUGGAUACAAUGCAGUGGUUUGGACGGCCAUCAUUUUGCAGGCAGGAGGUGGAGUGUUGGUUGCAAUGUGCAUCAAUUACGCCGACAAUAUUGCAAAGAAUUUUGCUACGUCGAUUAGCAUCGUUCUGAGCUUCCUUUUCAGUGUUUGGUUCUUCGAAUUCCAGGUUACCUUGAACUUUGUGGUUGGCACUGCAGUUGUCAUCUUUGCUACGUACCUGUACAGCGGACCAGACCGGAAAUGGAAUCGACCCCCUCCAAUAAACAUUGCAAGUUACGAGAAGACGACGAUUGACAACGGUAUGACGCCCAAAUACGAGGAGGAUCGAUUCAGGAUGACAUUGGAUCCGUUAGACGGUCUCAGGGAUACUGGAUUGUCGACCUCAAGGCCAUCCUCGCCCAUGAGACAUCAUUCACGGAUGGGCUCAUCAAGAGGAAAAAUAAAGAGAGGCGACUGA